AUGCUGAAAGCCGUAGGAUUGUUCGGCGGCCGGAACAAGAAGAGCCCGCCGCUCUUCAAGGACUACUACGCCGAGUGGAUCACGACCCUGAAGAGCACCCUCCUCCCCUCCCUCCACCAAUCCCUCUCCGACACGUCACCCUCCUCCCUCCCCCGCCUCUCCCUCCACGUCGACGCCCUCCACCGCCACUUCCAGUCCUACUACGACUCCCUCGACGCCGCCGCCCAAAACGACGUCGCUCAGAUCCUCUUCCCCGACUGGCGCAACCCUCUCGAGAAGCCCUUCCUCUGGCUCGCCGACCUCCACCCCUACCUCUUCACCAACCUCCUCCGCUCCUUCCUCGACCAAGACUCCGACGACGACGACGACGACAGCCUCGUCGUCCAAUUCGGCGACCGCCCCUGGCACGUCGCCACCGCCUGGCGCAGCCCUUCCAAUUCUCUCGCGCAGAAGGUCGAACAGGUGGAGUGCGGCCUCAGGCUCAUGGUGCCAGCGCUGGCGGCGCGUGCCAGGGACGCGCAGGCCGCCUUCGUGGAGCGCGUGGCCAAGAAUUGGGGGCCCUUCGACGGCGGGAAGAAGGAGACGGCGAAGGCGGUGAUGGCGGAGGCGAUGGAGGCGGAGAUGGAGGAGAUGGUGAGCGUUGUGCUGGAUGCGAAUAGGCUGAGGAGGAGUGUUCUUGCCGAGAUCAUCGGGGCCACCAGUGUUUACCAGGCCGCUCUGUUUCUUGAAGGCCUGGCCCAGUUUCUUGUUGGGUUCAGAAACCCGGAGUUGCUGGCCCAGUUUGAUCAGUGCAAGACUCCUCUCACUAAGCAAUGCCGCUUGGCAGUUUGA